GAGAAGGAAAGAGGAGCAUACUGACCUGAAUUUCUUCUGAGAUCAUCAGAUCUGCUCUACACCGCCGGCCAGUUUCAACCGCAUGCUCUUUUAGACCCAAACACCACGGAUCUGCACACAGACCGAGCAGAGGUGGAGAGCGUAGAAGACCCUGCUCAUGGAUGAGGAUGAGGAUGAUGUGUUUGGGCCUGUCUCACAGUGCUGGCCUUCCUCUAACAGGGAGAUAAAGCAGGAGGACCACAGCACACAGACUCCAGGGAGCCCCGCGGCACGGCUGAAUGGCAUGCUGCCCUACAGUGUGGCCGAGGAGCCCAGACGCCUUUUCUAUGGUAGUGCAGGAUUGCUAUUGCUGACGCCAUCUGCCCGUUCUGACCGUAUCCAGCACGCCAUGUUUCCUGAGAAUCAGCCUCGCCGACGGCCUGCACACAGCUUGGAGGCUCAGAUCGGCCGGAAACUCCAGAUGAUUGGCGACCAAUUCUAUCAAGAGCACAUGCUGCAACACCGAAACCAAAGGAACCAGUGGCCGUUUUGGCUGCGUUUGGCCUCCGCGUUGUAUGCGCUCCUGUUUAACGGCGAGCCAGCGGUUCUCCAGAGGAGACAGGAAGAUCGCAGGUGAGACGGCCAUUGUGACGAGAUCUGCCGCCACGUCCGCUUAACGGCACUGUUCUACUUUCAACACGGGUUUUUAGGGGAAGAAAACAAGAAGGAAGACGAUCUCUGCGGGACGGGGACCCUUCCUUUCUUUUUGUUGUUGUUCCCCCCGAGAAGAUGCCAUGGUGUUCGAGAUUAUUUUCAUACAAGACUUGUUGAGCUAUUUUGUACAAUACUUUCCAUCUUUGAAUUUUGCUUGCACUUCCAGAUGUGUACAUUAUGAACAACUUCUGUCUUGGGAAUGCCUUAUCUCCAGCCACUGCAGAAAGACUGUUGAAUACUGAAUGUGGACUGAAGAGAAGAUCGUGGUUUGGAAGGGGUGUUUUUUUUUUUUUUUUUUUGUCUCCCCCUCCCGCCUUCUUUUCCCUAAAAUCUUCCAGGACACCAAUCAGCUUGUCUAAUCUCCAAAGAUUUUUGCACCUCAGUAUGUUUGCUUCUGUAGGGUUUUAUAAUUGUUAGGAUUUUUUUAGCUUAUUUUUGCUAUUCUUUUCCCCACAGCAGUUUGCAGGAAUAGGAAGUAGACAGACAUCUACUACUUGAAUUUGGUGUUUCUCACUGAUGAGCUUGUCAAUAAUCAAUCAGCAAGCAAAAUCAGCAAAUAAUUAGAUGCCUAGAGGCAAUAUGACGAUGAUGACAUCAUCUCCAUUUAAGCCUGAAGAACAAGAGUGCAGUGCCUAUUAUGAUACAAUUUUUUUUAAACCACCUUCCUCAAACUUUCAGUGAAGGUUUAAGCAACCUGAUUGCUUGUAUGCUUCUUUUUUUUUUCAUUGUCAAAGGAAAUUCACUGUGGGUAUUAGUCUGCAAGUUCAACACCAACAAAACCUCAGUACUCAUUCUCACCACGUGUUCAGGUUAAGUUAAAAAAAAAAAGUCACUGAUUUUCUACUGAACGUUCUAUGUACCACUGGUCCUUUAGGCUGGCUGUUGAACAUCAUUGUGGCCGCUCGUUUUCUCAGCCACAGAGCAAUACUGUGUCUGUGAAGUGACUGCAUUUCUGCUCUCAGGAUACUCGGGUGUUUUUUACAGAAUUUCAAGUUGUAUUUGUGCUUUUUAUACCUUCCAGAUGAUUUUGUUUCAGUGGUUUAAAUGUUUUUGUUUGUUUUUAGGGUUUUUUUUUUGUUCUUUUUUAUUUUUUAAUAACCACUACUUUUGACUAUUUUAGAUAAGGAUGUCCUUCUGUAAAUCGAUGGUAAGACUGUAACUGCUUUGUUUGAAGACACUGAUGGAUUCUUAAUGCUGUUUUUUUUUUUUUUUUGCUUAUAGAGCUUUUCUUUUUUUUCUUUUUUUUUUAAGGAGUGAUGUAUAUUUUGUGAGACUCGGUUUUCCAAGUUCCCACCUUUAAAAAGAUAUUUCUUGCUGUUACACACACACACGCGCACGCACACACACACACACACACACACACACACACAGAGUAGAUACAUUGAUGCCAGAAGCACAGGUUAUUGUUGAAUGUGAUAUGAAGGACCUAGGAUGGUUUAAUUUUAAAACAUAUUAAACAAAAGCUCCAAGAUUGAAACACACUGAUAAGCAGUUAGAGUCUGUUAAAAUCAAGUUAGAAUUUGCCUUGUUGAUUUGCAUAUUUACUUGUCACACACAAAAAAUAAUAAUAAUAGUUUAACUGUGGUCCUACAAUUACAUGGGUACACAGGCAUGGUACAAAACAGCUCAAGUUCUCAUCACUGAACGGUGUUCCCAGCUGUGUUUGUGAGUGUGGGGCACAGGCUACUUUUCAAGCAUGGUGAAUGUCCAGAGAAAUGCUGAUGUUUGUUUCCUGCAGAUCGUGAACGCUGAGCCAGUGACUGUAGCCCUCACAUCUCAGUAGCUACCUUUCUCAUUUCACCUAGUCUCCAUCCAUAUACUUUCACUCCUAAUCCUUUUAGGUAUGCUGAUUUUUUUUUUCUUUAAUUUGUAAUUUAUAUAUGUUUUUGUCCUUUUUUAUUUAUUUCUUUGUAUAUUGAUCCAUUGCUACUGUAUAGGUUGUGUGCAAUUUCUUUUCUGUUCAUUUCUUGCCACUUUUGUGUUUUGGUUUUGGAUGUGUCUGUUUCGUCUUCUUCCUCACCCUGUGGAUUAAAGCGGUGAGAGGUUAGCCCUUUUUGGAUCUUAUUUCAUGGUGAUUAACUUCCUGAAUACCUUUUUUAACAUUAAGGUUAUCAAAAGUGAACCCAAAGACAUCAGUGUAGUACUACAGGACCGUAUUGUGCAGAUUGGAGCAAUUGUGUUAUGAACUAUGAAGGGAAAUGGAUUUUUAGUCCAGUCAUUGUUUUGAAGGACUCUGUCCUCAAGUCUUGGUAUUAAUGGUAAUGACAAAAAUGAGAAGGAAAUGUAACAUAACUGAAUCCAUUUACCAGACUGAAGGAAUCUAACAGCAGUGAAGGAUUGUGAAGUUAACACUUCCAGAUGGGUGACAAAUGAAAGGUAGAUAAAAUACAGGCUCUUAGGCUCUGGGAGGUAUUUUGCUGACCACUUCACCCUAUGUACAGUACCAGUCCAAAGUCUGGACACACCUUCUAAUCCAAAGUUUUUUCCUUAUUUUUAUUAAGACUAUUAUAUAAGUAAUGAUGCAUGUCGUUUCUCUUUACUUAGCUGAGCGGUGCUUGACAUAAUACAGAUUACUACAGUUGUGGAAUAGGGCUAAUUACUGUAUUUUUAUUAUUUACUAUUUACUGUUAAUACAUUAAGAGGACAAGAAAUUCCACUAAUUAACUUUUGACGAGGCACGCCUGUUAUUGAAAAGCAUUCCAGGUGACUACCUCAUGAAGCUGGUUAAGAUAAUGCCAGUCGUGUGCAAAGCGUCAUCAAGGUAAACAAACGGUGGAUACUUUGAAGAAUUGAAAAUAUGAAACACAUUUUGUUUACCACAUAAUUCCAUAUGUUAUUUCAUAAUUUUGAUGUCUUCAGUAUGUAGAUGUAGAAAAUAGUCAAAAUACAGACAAACCUGUGAAAUGAGGUGGUGUGUCCAAACUUUUAACUGGUUGUGCGUAUGUAUACGUAUUUUCUAAGAUGUAUUGAUGCUGGCCUAGUGGAUUGUGGUGACUCAACACUGUUAAUUUGUCACCCGUCUAUCUUAUGUUACAGUAAGUUUCCUUUAAACCCCUAUAUUUUUUAGAAUCCUUUGAAACAUUGCAUAUACAUUAACAUGGCUGAUUAUUCGACAAAAGAAAUGCUUUGAUUAUUAUUACUAUUAUUAUUAGCUCCCUAAGAGCAUAGGCCACCAACAAGGAUUUGCCCAUAAUACAGCAGUGAAAAGAAAACUUGUGGUCACCAUUCUCCUUGACCUCAUUUCCAUGAUGCUCAGUCUCCUACCAGGUUUUGUUCAAAAUUUUCAAUAUUCUAUUACAUCUGUAAAUAUUUCUCAAUGAAGAAAACAGGGUAGGAAAGAUUGAUCAAGACACUGGGCCAUGUUAAUGAGUUAGCUGUCUAUUUUCACUGUAUCCACUAUUUUCUUGAUUUACAUACACUGGAAAAUAUUUGUAAUUUUUUUUCUCCCCCAAACUCAAAGGGUUUUUUUAAAAAUUAAAUAUUCCAGUGUUGUUCUAAGUAGCCUCUCCUGGUUCUCCUAAUAUAUUUCAGGUGACAGGCACAAGUAACAUGUAUUUUUUCCUUUUACUCAAAGGAUUGCAAGCACACCCAUGGUGUCCAGUAUUAGUUUGAUGAAGUGGUUUGUACAGAGGAAGAACGAGGAGCUGAGGUCUCGCCACCAAAUUUAACAGUUCAAAGACAUUCAAAGUUUACAAGAAUCUUGACCAGGCCUAUCUUUGAUGGAAAAUAACAGUAUCAAAGUAUUUUGGUCUCAAAUUUUGGUUUCCAUUUUCCAAAAUUAGAUGUACUGAUGUUUGAGGGAUUAUACUUUUUUUUAAAUACAAUUUUGUUUUUCAUGUUAAAAUAAACCAUAGACUAAAUAUUUUUAUCAACUGGUAUUUGAUAAUACCCCUUUUUUUUUAAAUAAAUUGCCAGAAACCUGUUAUUGUAAUAUUUUAUGAUUACAGAGAUGCCUAAACACCUUUUUAGUUCAUAAGUUUAAAAAAGUCUUGAGGCUCACAAUUCUCUGUAUACCAAGAAAUGAGACCCAGCGAAAAUGUAGCAUUUGUUGUAAACAUUGAACUGUGCGUCUUCGAGACUGUACCGUGCACUCUGGAACGUGUUUUUCUUAUGUUUUGAUACAGUAUAGAAGUUUUAGACAAUGUUAUCUAGUGCAAUAUGCUGUAUAUAAGAGCUUUGCUCUGCAAAAAUGAUUUCUGACUUUUUUUUCCAUUGGUACAUUUUUCUUUUUCAUUAAAAUUGUAUU